CCGGUCCCAGAUGCUGCUGGGAUGCUGUGUAGAGAUACUUCCCGAUCUGUAUCCUCUUCCUUGGCCGUCUUGACUCUGGAAUGGUGCCGGAGCCCACCCAGGGCCCGAGGCCAUCUGCCUCAAUCUGGUACGGUGACAUCAUGGUGUGGGCCCUCACAUGUGAAGAGAUGGGACAGAGAAAAAUGGGCCACGCCCAAGCUCCCAGGAGCAGCCUCACAACGUCGAGUAGUGGCCUUGCUCUUCUCAGUUGGGCCUCUGUGGCCCAUCAGGUCCCGAAGUUGGAUAAAACCUUCUUGGGCAGAACGUCAUCACCAGUCAUUGGAUUCGACUCAACCCUCCAACAGGCUCUUCACUUCGAACCACCGGUCCAUACUACUCUACUAAUUUUGGCACCAUCCGACGUUGACACUAUCGCCAUAACCGUCUGGUGGAGCGACUGGGCUGCAACAUCGUCGAACACCGCGUUGUAUCCAUUGAUAUUUAGCUUCCAUUUCGGAUUUCUGGCCCAAAGUUCGCGACACUGUGAUCGGAAUGGUCUGGUCUGGUCUGGUCUGGGGGUCCAGACCAGACCAGACGGCGCCGCCUAGGCUCACGCACCCCGUGCGCUAAACUCGCGCACCCUGACUAAGCCUCGCCAAGCAGGCGGGGCCCAAUAGGUGCGCACCUAUUGGG